UCGGUGAUGGUGGAUUUCACUCAGAUUACCGGCACGGAGCUCAGCAGCAUCCGGUUAUCGCGCGACUCCGUGCGCACAGACGAGGCUUCUCUGUAGAGACAGAAACACACAAACACGACCGACUUCACUUGGAUACUCUGCGUAAAUGGAUGAGGAACGGCAAUAUUUUUGGGGGGACCCCUCACGGAUACGCUCCCUUUAAAGCAUUUUGGAUCCUUCGAUGCCACCCGAACCAUCUGGAACUGCGUUUAUAUGUGAACUGCAGGUCUGCAUGGGCCCAAUUUAAGGCUCCUUCCAUAGGAACUGAGUCUAAAAUGAAGUUAUGGGAUGUUCUAGCUACGUGUUUGUUGCUCCUGAGCUCCGUAUCCGCUCGCCCUCUCUUCAACAAGCUGCAGCCUUCCAAGAGAGCUCCUCGAGCAGAGCGUCGCAGUGAGCUGCUCGUCCUGGACCCAGUCAUAAACGCCCGUCUCGACACAGCCAGUUUGAAACAAGCCUCUAUGGAAGAACAAUAUGACAUCAAUGGACUACACCCAGACCAGUUUGAUGACGUAAUGGACUUCAUUGCAGCGACCAUUGGCAGACUGCGGCGGUCUCCUGAGAUGGACUCUGAGGGCAGGGGGAAAGAAAACGGGAGGCGUAGAGGAGCAGCAAACACAGAGAGAGGAGCGAGAGGACGAGGAGAAAAGAAGAGAGGUCGAGGACGAGGCGGUAAAGGGAAUCGGGAUGAACUGAUCAAAGGUCAAGGGCGCGGGUGCCUUCUUAAAGAGAUCCACCUCAACGUGACGGACCUGGGGUUAGGUUACCGGACCAAAGAGGAGUUGAUAUUUAGGUACUGCAGUGGUCCCUGUUACGAUUCGGAGACCAACUACGACAAGAUCCUGAACAACCUCACCCAAAAUAAGAAGCUGGGCAAAGAGUCACCUUCUCAGACCUGCUGUCGACCCAUAGCAUUCGACGACGACCUCUCGUUCUUGGAUGACAGUUUGGAGUACCACACUCUCAAGAAGCAUUCCGCCAAGAAGUGCGCCUGUGUCUGA